AUGUGUUGGAGAACCAACCAAGACAACAGCAAAAGCAUGCUUGAUCGAUACAUGAUAAAGCUCGUAAUAAUUCAAAGGUCUGAUCACCUUGGUCUUGGCAUAAAUGUCAGGGGCGACGAGGAUUGGAGAGAAAAAAAAAGUCGCAAAAAUUGCCUGCGAGAUCUUGAAAGAAAGCUUUUAAUAGCAUAUCGUGAUACUGAUUUAAGUGGACUGACAAUUGUUAUCCUAGAUGCAUUCAAAAUGUUGCGUCAUGUGCAAAAAUAA